UUUUAAUUAUACUACUUUGAUUUUUCAUAAAUACUUUAUAUUAUUUUUUUUUUUAAUACUACUUUGCUUUUUUACAAAUACAUAUUUUAUUUUUCAUUUUUCAUAAAUACUUUUAUAUUAUUUUUUUCUUUAAUACUACUUUGCUUUUUUACAAAUACAUAUUUUAUUUUUCAUUUUCAUAAAUACUUUAUAUUAUUUUUUUUUCCAAGUUAAUGAAUGAAUCAUGAAUAUAACUGAAAAUUAUAUUGGAUAUGAUGCAUUGGACUUGAAUGAAUGGCAAAAUUUUAACUUUACCUGGUACAACCGCUUUUUAAAGGCAGCCAAAAACUUAUUUGAACCAGAUAUUUUUAUUGCAGUAAAAAAAAAGAUACAAGAAGAGCACUUUUGUAGUAAAGAAAAAUUACAAAUAUUUUGGCAAAAAAUUAUUAAAGAAUUUAAUAAAAAGAAAAAUUUUCCUAAAACUUCACAAUCAGAUUUAAAAGUUAUUAAAGAAUGUGAUAAGAAAAAUCUAAUACUUGCUGAAAUUUUUCAACCAGAUACAUUACUUUCAAAAAAAACAAGCAAAGAUUUUAUUAAAAAUCUUUCUGAAACUUUACAACCAGAUUUACAAGUUAUUAAGGAAUAUAAAAAGGAAAAUCUAGUAUUUACUGAAACUUCACAACCAGAUGUAUUACAACCAGAUGUAUUACUUUCAAAAAAAACAGUUAAGAUUCCUAUUGAAAAUCAUUUUGAAUUUACUGACUUUUGUUAUGAUAUACUUCAUGAACUUGAAAACAAAUCUUAUGCCAAAUCUUAUGCUAAUAAAUCUUAUAAGCAUAUAAAUUUAAAAUUAAAAAAUAAUCAAUAUACAAGUUUAGAAGAAUUUGAAAAGGAUAUUCGUUUAAUAUUUUGUAAUUGUUAUAUAUAUAAUAAUGUUGAAAGUGAAGUAAUUAGUUUAGGUAAAGCAUUAGAAUGUAUUUUUAAUAAAAAAUGGGAUAAAAAUCAUAUUAUUCAAAAUAGACAAACAGAAGAAUUAAAAAGAAAGAUGAUGAUACAACAAAUAAGAGAAUUAAAAAGAGAGAUAAGAAAUCAAAUUUUAGAACAAAAUAAGAAUAAUUUUAACAGGUUUUUGUUUAAAUAAGAAUUUAUUUUGAUUUAUAAAUUGAAAUAACUAUUAAUGCAAAAAAACUUUAUUGUGGAUUUUGUAGAUGUUUUGUAAAGAAAAAGAGAUGUUAUAUGCUAAGAAUGAACAAUUUCAAACGAAUUCUACCCUUUAAGCAAAAAUUUUACCUGACAAUGCAACAUGUAAGAUGCUUUCAUAUAUGAUGAGUAGUUUGGAUAUUAAUAAUAUUAGAUUCAUAGUUUAGAGUUUUUUAUUUUACUUAUAUAAUUUAUAUAGCCUUAAUACUUAUU